AGAUUUUAUUUGCGUAGGCCGGGCCUGCCCACGGGGAGUUGUUUUGGGGAAGAGGUUACUGUAUACUGUAAAUCAGCUCAUUAGCAGAGGCCAAGUUCAGUCUUGUUCACACGGCAACAUGUGACUGUCUGUAACAGGCUUCACACGCCAGGACCCACAUAAAGGUGGAUUUCUUACUGUAUGGAUCUAUUUGUCCUGUUCGCGGGUGCGACAGCGUUUAGUGGAAGUUCCGCGUCAAAGCUCUGCUGAGAUGUUUUGGUUCAUGCAGGGACUCUGCUUUCUGCCAGUGUUUCUGGUCAUCUGGUCCUCCAGCACUUUCAUUAUUUCCUACGUGAUUGCGAUUUUCAGAAAAGAUGUCGAUGUGAUCUUCCCGUACAUAAGUGACACAGGUGCAAACCCCCCGGAGAGCUGCAUAUUUGGCCUGAUGACCUUCAUCUCAGCAUGUGCAGGAGUGGUCACCAUGUACGCCAGAUACAAGUUUGUGGAGAAGCUGAGUGUGGAAACAAGGGUGGUGAACCCGCGUCUGAAUAAAACAGCUCUGGUGCUGGGGAUUCUCUCCUGUUUCAGCAUGUGCAUUGUUGCAACUUUUCAGGAGACAACGGUGGUAAAAGUUCAUGAUGCAGGAGCUCUGCUGUUCUUCAUCUCUGGUGUCUCAUAUAUAACCGUCCAGUCUGUGAUAUCGUACCAAGCCUAUCCGUUUGGAUCCUCAGUGGUUGUGUGUCGAGUACGUCUGGGCAUCUCCAUCCUUGCUGCUCUGGCUUUGUUCCCCACUGUCAUCUGUGCGAUUUUUGUAAAACAAACCACGCUGCACAGAAACAGUGAGGACCAGGACUAUCCUUUCCAUCUAGCCAGCGCUGUGUGUGAGUGGGUUGUUGCCUUCAGCUUCGUCUGCUUCUUCCUCACAUACAUCGAUGACUUCAAACUGUUUACUUUACGAGUGAACACAGAGUUUGAGGACUAAUCUUGAUCUCCAACUCCCAGCAGAACUUUGAAUGAACGGUAUUUUCAGGGAUGCAUUUGUUUUUAAGAGUCUUUUAUAGUGUAAGGCUUUUAUAACAUCAUGUAUUAUGUGUCACCUGACUGAGUUAGUAAAAUAGUUCCUUUUAUAUUGCUAUUUAUAUAUUUUGUACAACAGGCUGUCUGUCAGAUGUGACAUUAUAAAAGAAAAAGAGACUGACCACAUCCUUUAUCUUAUACUUUUUAUACGAUUGCAAAUCAUUUUACAAGUGUCCUUACUGCUCUCCGUGUUCAGUCAAACGUCACUUUGCACUUUGCACUCUUGACUCUUUGCCACAUUGGUGUGACACGUCCUGUCAGACAUGUGACCACUAAUAAGAGAAGUUCAUCACACAGUGAACAUAUGAUGGCUGCGCAUGUGGCUCCAUCUGAUUCACUGAACAGGUUUUGUGAUAUAUAAACCAUCGAUAAUGGAACAAAAUCAUUGUCAUAUUUUCCUCCCUGGCCUUAACACAACAAAUAUCCAACAUACAUUAUUUUUUUCAACACAGGAAAUGCACUCAUUUGAGAAAAUUGCAGCUAUUUUGUGUAAGAGGAAUAUAUUUUAAUGUGUAUCUUAUCUCUUUUAACUAUUACAUUUUUAUAUAUUAUAAAGUCUCUGGUUGGGAACCACUGUCAGUACUGCAGCUGUUGUUUUUGCGCUGACAAGUCAUAUGACUGGUCACACUAGAAAAACAAAGGGCACAAGCACAGAGGCUGAGGCCCUCUGAGACGAAUCAGGAUUAAUAAUUAAUAAUGAAUUGACUUGACUGAAGGUAAAGAAAAUCAAACUGUUUUGGUCAGAAGUGUUGGCUGUUGGCACUGGCUGAAAUAUUACACUUAGAUCAGCAGCCAUUAGUUUUGGAGGAUCCCUGCUGUGAUCCUGUAUGAAAUGAAGUACUCCAGAACAGACUGGAGGUCACAUGAACACAGAUGAACUCUAGAGGUACUGUAAUAACAAGGGAAAUGUUUUUUGUUUUUUUUUUACUCAAUUACUCUUGUAUUUUUGCAUGUGAUAUAAUGAACUGCACAGAUCGUCACCGCUGAGCUGAAUAAUAAAGAUGCACUUUUUUUUGUUAUGUUUUUAAAAA